UUCCGUAGACAACGACGGCAACAACAACGAAAACAAAAUGGACACAGUCGAACGCUCAGUGCUGUCCUCCUCUGCGCAGAGGCAUGAGAGGGAGAAAGAGUUGGACAGGAGGGAUGUGGAGAAGGGCCAGGAAAAUGGGACGGAGCAGUGUACUCCUGACGAGAAAGACGAACUCCCGCCGCUGAAAGGCCUCUCCUUCCUCGACCGCUUCCUCGUGGUAUGGAUUGUUCUCGCCAUGGCAAUCGGCAUCGUGCUCGGAAAUACGGUCGACGACAUAGGCCCGGCGCUGCAAAAGGGAGAGUUCGUUGGCGUUAGUAUACCGAUUGCAAUCGGUCUGUUAGUCAUGAUGUACCCCAUUCUCUGCAAAGUCCGCUACGAAACUCUGCAUCUCCUGCUAGGGUCCCGCGCCCUCUGGCUUCAAAUCGGCAUAUCCUUCGUGUUGAACUGGAUCAUCGCGCCGCUCUUCAUGGUCGCCCUAGCGUGGGCCUUCCUCCCGGAUCGCCAGGAUCUCCGCGAAGGGCUGAUCUUCGUCGGCAUCGCGCGGUGCAUCGCCAUGGUGCUCAUCUGGACGGACCUUGCUAAGGGGGACGGCGAUUAUUGCGCAGUUCUGGUGGCGUUCAAUUCGCUGCUGCAGAUUGUGCUGUUCGCGCCGUUUGCCGUAUUCUACGUGCAGAUUGUUAGCCAUGGCGAGAAGACGGCCGUGUCAUAUGAGAAGGUGGCCCAGAGCGUUGGCGUCUUCCUGGGGAUACCACUCGGAGCUGCAGUACUGACGCGUUUGGUAUUACGGAAGCUGCUCGGCGAAGAGACGUAUCAGCGCCGCUUCAUCCGGUACAUCGCCCCGUUCUCGCUCAUUGGCCUGCUAUACACCAUCAUCGUCCUCUUCGCGAGUCAAGGCGCGCAUGUCGUCCGGCAGAUUACGGAUGUGCUGCGUGUGUGCGCACCGCUGAUCGUCUACUUCCUUGUCAUCUUCUCUACAACGGUCUGGUUCUGCUACAAGAUGGGCUUUGGCUACAAGGUCAGCUGCACGCAGAGUUUUACCGCUGCGAGCAACAACUUCGAACUGGCUAUCGCCGUCGUCGUCGCGGUCUACGGCGCCAGCAGCGGGCAGGCAUUGGCGAGUACAGUGGGCCCUUUGAUCGAGGUACCUGUUCUUGUGGCAUUAGUGUACGUACUGCGUUGGCUUAGGCGCAGGUGGCAGUGGGUUUGAAGGCUUGGUGUCAUCGAUCGCGGAACUACAGGCUAGGCCCAGGCUGACGGGAUGCACAUGCAG